AUGAUAGUUAUAGACCUAGAUCAAGGACCUCCUAGUAAGUCUUUCUUGUGUGAUAAGGACUACCACCAUGAGCGCAGAAGCAGGAACUCAUCUUCCAAAGGCUUGGGAAAUGACGCGAUGAGCAAAGCGCUCAACCAAAUUUCCAAAUCACCUUUCACGCGCAGAAUUGAGGGAAGGAGACUUCCUCGGUGGUUCACUCAGCCCUCAUUCACCAUGUAUAAUGGUCAAACAAACCCUGUGGAACAUGUAAGCUACUUCAACCAGAGAAUGGUUGUGCACUCCAAGAAUGAGGCCUUGAUGUGUAAGGUAUUCCCAUCCAGCUUAGGGCCUGUGGUGAUGAGGUGGUUUGAUGGCCUAGGUGCAAGUUCCAUUGAUUCCUUUAAGGAGCUCACUCGAGUGUUUGGAUCUUGUUUUAUUACGUGUAGUAGGGUUUCUCGCCCUUUAGAUUCCCUGUUAUCCAUUUCCACGCGAGAAAUGGAGACCCUAAAAACGUACUCAGACAAAUACUGGAAGAUGUUCAAUGAGAUUGAUGGGGACUUUGAUGAUGUGGCUAUAAGGACUUUUAAGGUUAGCCUGCCUACCGAACAUGAUUUGAGAAAGUCUUUGACCAAGAAGUCGGUAAGGAGUGUGCGUCGGCUUAUGAAUCGUAUUGAUGAAUACAAGCAAGUUGAGGAAGACUAG